UGCCCGCGCGUUUCCAGCUGCAGCAGUGCAGCUGCAGCGAUUGUUGUUUUCCCCGGCAUGGUCCCUUUUCGACCGAAGUCCGACCUGAAUAUUCGAAUGUGAGCUGAUUCGGUGACGCUUUCGAACUUUGCUUGACCUCCGAGCGGAAAUGGGGGUCACCGGGCUGCUGCCCCUGCUGAAGAAGUCGGCCGACCAGGUCAACGUGAGUCAGCUGGAGGGCAAGACGGUGGCCAUCGACGCGUACGUGUGGCUGCACAGGGGCGCCUUUUCCUGCGCCGACCGCCUCGCCCGCGGAGAGAAAACCCUCGGGUUCGUCGGGUACGGCCAAAAGAUGCUGAACAUGUUGUUGGCGCACAAAAUCAAGCCGAUCUUGGUGUUCGACGGCCGCAGACUCGAGGCCAAGGCGGACACCGAGAAGAAGCGCCACGAAAUUCGCAAGCAGAACAAGCAGAAGGCGGAGGAGCUGCUGAAGGCCGGCAGGGAACCCGAGGCCCGCGAUUUCCUUCGCAGGAGCGUCGACGUCAACCACUCGAUGGCGAUCGAACUCAUCAGAGUUGCCAGGAAAAUGAAUGUGGACUGCAUUGUUGCUCCACACGAGGCUGACGCCCAGUUGGCCUUCUUGAACAGACAGGGGCUGGCCCAGGUCGUCAUCACUGAGGAUUCGGAUCUCAUUUUGUUUGGCUGCUCUCAGAUUUUGUACAAAUUGGAUGUGAACGGGAACGGACUGAUGGUGCGGGCAGACAAACUGCACCUGACCCUGGGUCGGCCGCACGAGUCACCGGAGCAGUUGCUGACCAAGUUGCGGCAAAUGUGCAUUCUGUCAGGGUGUGACUACGUCGGUUCUUUGCCUGGCGUCGGUUUGGUCAAGGCCAAGAAGUUUGUCAUGGCCACCAGUGACCCCGACUUCCUCAAUGCUAUCAAAAGACUGCCAGGGUACCUGAACCUGAAGACAAAGGUGGAUGAGGAGUACAUUCGGAAGGUGGCGCACGCCGACCUGACCUUCCGCAAGCAGUUGGUGUUUGACCCGAAAAAGAGGCAGUUGGUGACCAUCGACGGCCAGGAGGUGGGGGACGAACCCUUCUCCGGCACUCUGAUGGACCCUGACGUGGCCUUUGAACUCGCCCUUGGCAACAUCGACCCUUUCACAAUGCAAAAAGUUGCCAAUUUUGAUUUGAACAAUGUGCCUCUGACCAGUAUUUGGAGUGAAAACUUCACCGCACCUGACCUCAGGUACGACGGACCUGUGAAUGCAUUUGUCACGGCGAAGAAAGAAGUUUCGAUCAAAACUACCUCGGUUGUUAGAAAACCCAUGCCAGUGAAACCUCGGAUAGAACCGAGAUCUUCGACUUGGAUGCUCGAUUUGGAAAUGACCGCCCUUUACGCGACCAAGUCGGAGUCAAAACUCAAGUCGGAGGUCAAGUGCCUGGUGAACGAGGAGGGGGAGGUGAAGGAGAGGGUGUGCUCCUCGUACUUCUCCAGCAAACAGGUUAAAACGCCCCAGCUGCAAAUCGAGGAGGCCGACGAGGUCACCAGCCUCCUUGGGCAAAUCGACAAGAGCCCUGUCAAAUCAGGGUCAACGCAACACACCUCCAUCCUGAUGAACCCUUUCGCCAGGAAAAGCAACCUUCCAGCCUCCCCUGUCCUCAACAGGUACGCCCUCGAGUCGGUCCGACUGACCAAGCCUGACCCUGAGGAGGACAAACCUGAGGAAGAGAUUAUCAAGCCCAGCCUUUCAAGGUUUAAGUUCCGCAGACCCCUGUUUAGUAAAACAGGUCAGCAGGUGGAAAAGUCCCCUGACAAGUCGCCUGUGAUCACGUACAAGAGGAAGAGGAAUGAGAAUUUCUCGCCGACCAAGAGAAAGGCUAUCAGCAAGUACUUUUGCGACAAGAAUGCAAUUUUGGACAUGCUCGACGAGCCAGAAACCAAGAACGGUGACACAUUCAAUAGUAUCGAAAGAGAUUUGGUCCCUCUGAAUAAGUCGAAUGUGAAAAGAGGAAGCGUGGGACCAACGCCAGGUCUGAAGAAGACGCCCAAAGGGGGAAAUGGGCAGUUUUCGUUGCUCACUUUUGGAUUUUCCAGAAAGACUAAUUGACGAGAAUCUCAGACUUUUGUGCGAAAAGGAAAUUCUUUUGUUUAAGAUUAUUAAUAAAUUGAAGAGAGAAAGAUUUAUUUGUAAAGGUUUGGAAUU